AUGCUGAAAUAUGCUCUUGUCUGGAUUUUCGUUGCCUUCUUGGUAUCCGUAUCAUUUGGAUUUGAUGACAAAGAAGACGAGAUAGACUGUGUAAUAUCUUGUGGAGAUGAUGUUGAGGAAUGGAAGGAUUGUGCCGCUAAAUGUUAUGGUGGCUUCAUGGAUGACAGUGACAAUACAUUCUUGGCUUGUGAAACAGACUGUGUUGACAGAUUCUACAAACCAGAUGUUGAAGAAUCAGAGCUCACAGAUUUGGAGGAAUGUGCUCAAAAAUGUGUAGAUGACUAUCUUCAGGAUGAAGGUGGAAAGAAGAAAGUUUGA